AUGCAACGAUUGUCGCGUUCGGAAAGAAGGCAAGUCAAUCCAACUCAGCACCUUGGGUUGUCGCAGGGGACGGCGAGAAACGACAACGAUGGCAGCGACUCGCCAUGUGUCCAGGAGACACCCAUUCUACAGUCAUGCGACAUCCGUACGACACCCAUACGACACCCAUGCGACAGUCAUGCGACAGCCCAGGGCGCGCCGUUAGCGGGGCCGGCGUGCGUGAACGAGUUUCCGAGGGAGCCGCUGUGCAGGUUCGUGGAUGACCUGGCAGCCGCGCCGCGCGUGGAGGUGGACGCGUCCACGGGGAGGACGAUCCGCAUCGGCGCGUAUCAGAUCUACCAGAAGCUGCACCGCGACCUACCCCCCACAAAGCUGUACGCCUAUGGGCUCAACGAGCGCACUGCUCACUACCCUGGCCCCACUCUCGUCGCCCGACGUGGGAUCGCCACCAAGGUGCGGUGGGAGAACCACCUGAGGGACAAGACGCACAUGUUCGCAGUGGACUAUACCCUCAUGGGCGUUGCUCACCCCAAGCGCGGCGGCAUCCCCAUUGUGAUCCACAGGCACGGCGGGGAGACCCCAUCGCACUCCGACGGCCACCCACAGGCGUGGUUCACGCAGUUCGGGGAAACAGGCCCCACGUACCACUCGCGGCGCUACACCUACCCCAACGACCAGCAGCCAGCUACCCUGUGGUACCACGACCAUGCCGUGGGCAUCACCCGCCUCAACGUGGCUGCUGGCAUGGCCGGGCUGUACCUUCUCACUGACCCGAAAGGCGUCGAGAGGAAGCUUCGCACGCGGCUUCCCGGCCCGGAGUUUACUGUGCCGCUGGCGAUCUCGGACCGCUCCUUCUUUGCCAACGGGUCGAUUAACUACCCCUCCAAGGGCUGGGUGCCGGAGUAUUUCGGGGACACCAUCCUUGUCAGUGGCCUGGUCUGGCCGUACCUAUCAGUGAGGCGCACGCGGUACCGCUUCCGAGUGCUGGGGGCGGCCAGCAGUCGCUUCUUCAACCUGCGCUUCGUGUGCGCCGCCCCUGACAACUACCCCGACUUCACCCCGCCCAUCGCAGGCCAUGUGCUGCCCAUCACCCAGAUCGGCACGGACGGCGGCUACCUGCCCCGCCCAGUGACCCGCUCCUCCCUGCUACUCGCCCCGGGGGAGCGCCACGACAUUCUCGUCGACUUCUCCUCGCUGCCCGCCUCCUGUGCUGACGUCAUUCUCACCAACGACGCCCCCGCGCCCUUCCCCUCGGGCGAGGCACCGGGCCGCAACGCCACGGGCGUCGUCAUGCGCUUCAUUGUGGAUAGCACUGGUUGUGUUGUGCUGUCGCCUCCUGUUCCCAAGAAGCUCGUGUCGCUUCCCAAGCUGCGCCUCUCCCGUGUGAGCAAGGAGAGGUGGAUGACAGCUGUGGAGGUGUCUUCCCCCCAACGCAUCACCUUCGAUGGCCGCGGCUUCAGUGACGCGCCCACCGAGACUCCCAAGCGGAACUCGGAGGAGCUAUGGCACAUAAUCAACAACACGCCAGACGCCCACCCCAUCCACCUGCACCUCAUCAUGCACCGCCCGCUCGCCCGCCGCCCCUUCAACCGCACCGCCUACCGCAACAGCCAGUGCGCCUUUCCUGGCAACUCCUCCGCCAACUCCUCCCUGCCCACCUGCUUCACGGGGGCGGGGAGCAGCGUGAGAGUGAGUAGGAGGGCGGGCAGCGUGGGGGAGUACGAGCGCGGGUGGAAGGACACCACAGUGCUGCAGCGGGACGAGGUGCUCACCCUCUGGACCGGCUGGUUCUCCCAGGACGGGUCGCCGUUCCCCUUCAACCCCACGCGUGGCCCGGGGUACGUGUGGCACUGCCACAUCCUGGAGCACGAGGACAACGACAUGAUGCGCCCCCUCAUCAUCACGUAG